AUGGAUUCCCCUCUCGAACACCGAUACGACGAAGAUCAGAUCCUACGGCUUGACCCGAGGAAAGGCGAGCGAGCAUACAGUAUCUUGAUCAUCAACCCCAAUACCUCAACACACAUGACCGAUGCCCUCAAGCCUAUCCUGGCCAGUCUGAACUUCCAAGAUGUUCAUAUAGAAUAUUUCACCGCUCCUAACCACCCCGUUGAAGUUGACGGGGUCGAGGUCCAGCCAAUUGACAGCAUCAACAAUGCCGCGGAAUCCUGCAAGUCGGCAUUGAACUGUUGGUCUGUCCGGGGUUUGAUUGGCUACUACGAUGCAUUUUUGGUCGCAUGCUAUUCCGCGCACCCAUUUGUGGGCAAGCUGAGGGAGGACAUCAAGUUUUAUGAGGAAGAAUCUCAACCACCCCGGAACAAAUAUGUCACCGGAAUCUUCGAAGCUUCCAUUACCGCUGCUCUAUCCCUCGUCAGUGGAUUCACGCUGGAAAAUCCAAUUGAGCCCGAAGGAAAGCUCCACAAGCACCAAGAAAAGGGCAGCUUCGGCAUUGUGACCACAGGAUCUGCGUGGAAGGAGGAGCUCACCAACGGAGUUCAAGGCGCACUGGGAUAUGGGGAUGAUGACGGGGAGUCUUCGCACUUUGCAGGCGUUGAGACUACCGGACUGACGGCUAUUGAGCUUCACACAUCCGAGCCAGAGGAGGUACGACGGAGAAUCAUCGAAGCCACCCGCAGCUUGCUUCGGAACUCGAAGACCCGAGUCAAGGUAGUCUGCCUGGGUUGCGCAGGCAUGGCAGGCAUGGAAGAAGCUGUCCGUGAAGGCUGUAUUCAGGAAUAUGGUGACCGUGAAGGUCGCCGGGUCCGGAUUGUGGAUGGAGUCGUUGCAGGUGCUGGAAGUCUCGUCACAGCUUUGAAGGCAGGAUUUUGA